GCUGCGCUGCUUCACUUGCUCCAUCACUCUGACAACAAACUCACUAAUGAUCUCAACAACGUCCAGCACAGCGGAGAUGGUUACACAGGGUAAACUUCAGAUUGCUGUGGAGAAUGUCGAAGAUAAACACUCAGGAGGUCUGGGAUGUUUCGGCUGGCUGUUGGUCCUCAUAUCCCUUCUUUUUGUAACAGCAACCUUCCCGAUUACAUUGUUCAUGUGUGUUAAGAUAGUGAAGGAGUACGAGCGAGCCGUCAUUUUCAGACUCGGCCGGAUCACAGACAGGAAACCUAAAGGGCCAGGACUUUUUUUCGUUCUGCCUUGUACUGAUACUUUUGUGAAGGUCGAUCUGAGAACUGUGUCUUUUGACAUCCCCCCACAAGAGAUCCUAACCAGAGACUCAGUGACCGUGUCCGUGGACGGCGUGGUGUACUUCCGGAUACACUGCCCCAUCUCCUCUGUGGCCAAUGUGAGCAACGCGCACUCAUCCACACGGCUGCUUGCUCAGACCACUCUGAGGAAUGUACUUGGGACCAAAAACCUGGCAGAACUGUUAUCUGACAGAGAGGGCAUAUCACACAGUAUGCAGGAAUCCUUGGAUGAUGCCACUGACCUGUGGGGCAUUAAGGUGGAGCGAGUGGAGAUCAAGGAUGUGAAGCUGCCUCAGCAGCUGCAGAGAGCCAUGGCAGCAGAGGCAGAAGCCAGUCGGGAGGCCAGGGCGAAGAUCAUUUCUGCAGAGGGAGAGAUGAACGCUUCAAGGGCUCUGAAAGAAGCCUCCCUGAUAAUUGCUGAGUCACCCUCUGGUCUCCAGCUGCGAUACCUGCAGACCCUCAACUCCAUCGCAGCAGAGAGGAACUCCACCAUCAUCUUCCCUGUGCCCAUAGAUCUAUUGCAGAACUUCAUGAAGAAGUAGUAAUUAUACCAUUGCUUCAAAGUUAUUUUUACUGUUAUAAGCUUUAGUUGUAUCUCUUUCAGAUACUGUUAUUACUUCGUAUUGAAAUGUUCCCUUUAAGAUUGGCAAAAUAUAGCAAAGAAUAAUUUUACAAUCAAAGAUGUAUCCACACCAAAUCACUUUUGAAGAAAUUAUGUUCUUAUCGUGAUUUAAUACUUAAAUACAAAGUGCAACAUAUACAGUUUAGACAUACAUUUUUCAUACUAACCACAAUAUUUUAACCAGCUAAGCUACAGUUGCAGUUCUGAAUGAGGUCAAAUAAAUAAAUAAAACAGAUGCACAAUAAAAGUAAAACAAUGCACAACAACCUUAUAAAGACAUGCUUUUUCAUUUUAACCGUAAACAAUCAACAGAAGUAUCGACAUCCACGUGAAACACCUACUUCUCUGAUAUUGGAUGUAAACUGUAAACAAAACCUCUUAUUUAGUGUCAAAAAAACAUUCAGUAAAUGAGUAAAAGGUCAUGUCCACAGGACACAUAGGCGAUCAGUGCAAUCGAAGAACCUGAUGGAGAGAAAUGCCACCCUACAGAACACAGUAAAGGUAAAUAUAUCUGCCUUCCUGUCCAAACACCUGCAAACAUAUCACUGCUGGAGCAUAAUUCCACAUGUUAUGUGCCUAGGGGAUCUGUUUUUGAAUUAUAUUAUAAUAUUAAAGCAACAUUUAUUCAAUGUAUUUGUAUAUAUUUGCUGCCCGCACUUUGCUCUUUAACAUAUUUAUACAUAUUCUGUACAUCCAAAUCAUAUUUAAUGUAUAUCCUGAAAAACAGACAUUUGAGCUGGGUGAUUAUGUAAACAUGAGCAAAAAUAAAAAAGGGAUUAAUACUAAAAGAAAAAGAUAUGGCAUGGUUUCUUCCUUUUGCUGACUAAUUAUUCUCCACAAUACCUGAGAUUACAAUCUAAAAUAAUAAAUGAGGUAAUCACUUGAAGAUUUACAGGAUUUUUCUUAGUAAUUCAGAUACAUUUUUUCCCUACAUACAAAUGGUUUUUACCUUUCAAUAGGACUUUUUACCAAAUUUUGGAGCUUUAAAAAGAGAAAUAUUGUAUAAAUUAGAUUGUUACCAACAGAAAUACAGUAUUUGUUUGCAAAAAAAAGUGUGCAGCAACAGAUACAGCAACAAUUCAAAAGCAAUGAUAAUGUACACUUAAAGAAAGAGAAAGUAAAAUAACAUUAUGAAUACAACAUAAUGAACAUAUUGAUAUAACUUCAGCCACAGGACAGCCACAAUACACGGUGGACUGCUGUGCUUAAUGAUUUCCUCUUUGGUGGUUUCUACAGGUCCUGCAUGUGUGUAGGAAAUCAUUAUAUAAGGGGCAAUAGCUCACAUUAAAAACAAAUUGUAUAACACCAUGAUAUAUUUUCUGUCUUCAUUUGAUUAAAUCCUGGUCAGUUUAAUUACUCUUCACACUUCCUGCCAUAUUGUCACACUCACAUAUUGUAAACUUAAAAUAAAAUGCAUAACUGGAAGACAGAACAUGCUUCAGAGAGAGCAAUACAUUUACACGUUUCUACAAACUUAUAGUCAAUAGCUAUACUGUGUUGGCAGUUCAAUGGAUUUAUGAGUUGUAAUCAUACAUUUCAGGGUCAUCACUGAUAUCCAGUUGCUAGGAGAGAUGAUUUAGGUUGGAUGGGUAGUCAUUCAUACACUCCUGAUACAUGAAAUAUUUCAGAAUGAAAAUGU